AUGAAUUUAAGAUAAUAUGAAAUAUCUCUUAUUCCUAUCAAUCUCAAAGCUUUGUCUAGCUUUACAAACUGGAUUUGUGUAGGAUAAUUAAUAGAGGAAGCAAUGCUUGUAGGAUUAAUUGAGUAUCAUAUUAAAGUCAACUAAGUUUAGAUAAUCUAAUCAUAAUUAUUUGGGUCUAAUUAAUAGAAUUAGGCGAUGUAAAAAAUUAAUACCUUACUCAAUAAUUCUAAAAACAAACCCAAUAGAUUUAAAUCAUUUAUAGAGGAAGUCAAAAUUCAAGAUCCAUAUGGUAUAUGGUUUAAGGAUGCCAUUAAAUCAUACUUUCGAUAUAACUACAAAUCUUGUCCUUCAGAUUAGUUUAAGUUUUUAUGCGACACUUUUAAAGUCUAGUUUGUGGUAUUUGAAUAACCAAAUUCAAAUUCACAAUUAUUAUAUGGUAUUGAAACUAAUGGAGGAAUUAAUAAAAUCAUUUUAUACAAAUAUCACGAACAAUAUUACCUUAUCUUGACAAUAUUUGAAAAGAAAUGUCAUUUAUGCAAAACUAAAAUCAAAUUAAUUGAUAUAAAAUGCCAACAUUAAAUAUGUUUUAAUUGUAUUUAGAAGCAAUUUGAACAAUCAAAAUCAGUAUAAUAUAUUACAUGUAAUUUCCAAGGAUGUAGAGAAUUUAUAUUUAAAUCAUUCUAUUUGGAUCUCUAAAAAGAAUAUUAAAAAAGUCUUUGUAUUUAAUGUCAUCAAAUUAUUCCAAUAAGUCAUUAAAUCUGUUAGAGUUGUGAGGAAAAAAAUCAAAAAUAAUAACAAGAAAAUUUUAAUGAUUAAAAAUAACCUAUUAGUAAAUAAAGUGAAUAAUAAUAGAAUUAGACCUAAUAGAAUUAAAUAGAUCAGGAAUAAGAUAAAAAAUAAGAAGUUACCUAAUCUAGUAUUUAGAAUAAAAAUAAUAAUGUAUAAAUGGAAAUAGAAUAUAAUACAUAGGAUGCUAUACAGAAAUGUGUUAAUUGUCAAAAACAUUUUGAAUAGAAUUAAGUUAUAUAAACUCCAUGUUAACAUUAUUAUUGCAAAGAAUGUGCAAUAAAAAAGUGUGAAUAUCAAAAUAAAUUUAUGUGUUUAUCAUGUGGAGAUUACAUCUAAGCAGAUUAUAUAAAAUUGGCGUUAUAUAAGCACAAUAAAAAUUAAGAUUAGUAAUGCUGUAAAUGCAAAGAAUCGUUUAAUGAAAGCCUUUUAUUUCAAAAUUAGUGUUUUCAUUACAUUUGCGCUUCUUGUCUAGAAGCUUGGGUUUCAAAAUAAACAUAUAUGAGAUGUCCUGAGUGUAGUAAGCACAUCAAUAUUAACGAUGCAGAUCUCUACUUAGAUAGAAUAUUAACUUUGAAAAUUCAAUAAACAGAAUAAGAAUCAUAAGUUAUUUAGACAGAAUCAAAGAGUGAAUAAAAUUAAUAAAUAGAUUAGUAACAACAUUAACAAAGUAAUAUCCAAACUUAAAAGGUUUAAAACGAGUAAAAUGAUAAGAAUGAAAGUUCUUAAAGAAAAAUCUAAGAUUAAAAUAAUUUAGAAAGAAGCUUAAUUCAAUUUGAUGAACCAUUAUAUUGUACAUUUUGCGGCUCUCCAUUUACGGAAUUUAAUACUCGGCAAUUUUUAUCUCAUUGCUAAGAUUCAAGACAUUUUAUCGGAGUUUGUUGUUCGAUAUUUCCAUUAGAUUGUCCUUAAUGUCAAAUCAAGUCACUCAAGAUUGAAAAAGGUUUAAAUUAAUUUUAAUUUUAGAUAGCUUUAGAUUUUACUUACCGUUAUCAAAUAGUUAUGAUUCUUAUGUUUUUAAUUAAUAUGUAUGA